UUUUUUUUUUUUUUUGCUUUUCAGUAUAAAUAUAUGCUUCUGCUCUCAAGUCUCAACUAGCAAUUGCUUUUUUGGACCCCUGUUUUAGCUCCAAACACAAAAUACACAGCUAGAUUUAUACUGCAAAAUUCAAACAAAAUAAUCAGAUUUUGAGAUUGUUUUUCUUCAAAAUCUUUGCUAUUCCAGAAUGGUAAAAGGGGCAAUGCAACUAUGGCUACGUGCAAUAAUAACUUUGCUUAUAUUGAUUAUUACUGAAGGACACCCAGUUGAUAUUACUUAUCUACAGAGUGCAGUAGCAAAAGGAGCUGUAUGUUUGGAUGGGAGUCCGCCAGCAUACCAUUUUGAUAAAGGAUUUGGAGCAGGAGUUAACAAUUGGUUUAUCCAACUUGAGGGAGGAGCAUGGUGCAACAAUGCCACGACUUGCCUUGCCCGUGCAAAAACACGAUUGGGAUCAUCUAAACUCAUGGCAAAGACAGUGUCUUUUUCCGGGAUUUUGAGCAACAAGGCUAAGUUUAAUCCAGACUUUUACAACUGGAACAGAAUUAGAAUUAGAUAUUGUGAUGGAGCAUCCUUUACUGGUGAUGUUCAAGCAGUUGAUCCGAAAACAAAAGUAUACUACAGAGGAGCCAGGAUUUUUUUGAAGACUGUUGCAGGUACCUCUCAUAUCGAACAGUACUACGGUGAAGUUGUCAACACACAUGGUUCCGCGAAGAAUUUACCUCAAUCGUGUACCUCAAGACUGAAACCAGGAUUGUGUUUUUUCCCACAAAAUGUUGCGCAACAAAUCAAGACGCCACUUUUCCUAGUAAAUGCAGCCUAUGAUUCCUGGCAGAUAAAGAAUUGGCAUAACUGCAAGCUUGACAUAUUGAAAUGCUCAUCUGCUCAGCUCCAAACCAUACAAGCUUUUAGGACGGAGUUCUUGAAAGCAUUGAAUUCACUUGGCCCAUCCUCGACAAGAGGGUAUUACAUCAAUUCCUGUUACGCACAUUGUCAAACUGGAACACAGGAGACAUGGCUAAGGGACGACUCGCCAAAAUUAGCUGGCACGACAAUUGCCAAAGCAGUUGGAGACUGGUAUUAUGACAGAAAACGAUUCCAAUCGAUUGACUGUCCUUACCCCUGCAACAAGACCUGCAAGAACCGGAAUUUUGAAUCGGAUGCUCGUCGGAUAAUAUAGAUGACUGAUGAAAGUUUUUCUGUGAGAUUGUUAUACAGAGACUUACAGAUUUUCCAAAAGGGCGAAAGAGAAAAAUGUGGAAUUAAAGAGUGUAUCAAGUAUGUUAUAAUAAGGGAAAGCCAACACUGCACAGAAUUGUGUGCUUUGGUUUCCCCAAGAGAAACUGUUUUGUAUCAUUUUUUUUAAGGUUAAAUUUUAUGUAUCUUGUUAUAAUGUAAAAGUCAAUAAUAAGCUUUUAUUACAGUGCUAA